UACCCGCUGGUUAUCUGUCAGAAGACGUUCCAAAAAUAGAAACUAAAAUGCUCUAAUAUUAUCCUUUAAUACUGUGUUAUUAUUAGAUUAGCUGACCAACAGAAUGCCCAAUAUCAGUGUAGUACCAUUAGGCGCAGGUCAGGAUGUUGGGAGAAGUUGUAUUUUGGUCAGUAUUGGCGGCAAGAAUAUCAUGUUGGACUGUGGUAUGCACAUGGGGUACAAUGAUGAGAGGCGAUUCCCAGAUUUUUCAUACAUAACAAGAUCAGGUCAACUAACCCAGCAUCUUGACUGUGUCUUAAUAAGUCAUUUUCACCUUGAUCACUGUGGAGCUCUUCCAUACUUUUCUGAGAUGGUUGGUUAUGAUGGUCCAAUCUACAUGUCACAUCCAACCAAAGCUAUAUGUCCUAUCUUAUUGGAAGAUUACAGAAAAAUUACAGUUGAAAGAAAAGGUGAAACAAACUUCUUUACAUCACAGAUGAUCAAGGACUGCAUGAAGAAAGUGAUACCAAUAAACCUACACCAAUCCAUCAAGGUAGAUGAUGAGUUAGAGAUCAAGGCAUAUUACGCUGGCCAUGUUCUUGGUGCUGUCAUGUUCCACAUGAAAGUCGGCACAGAAUCAGUGGUCUACACUGGUGACUACAACAUGACUCCAGACAGACAUCUUGGCUCUGCAUGGAUCGAUAAAUGUAGACCAGAUAUCUUGAUCACUGAGUCAACUUAUGCUACAACUAUUAGAGACUCUAAAAGGUGUCGAGAACGUGACUUCUUAAAAAAGGUCCAUGAAUGUAUUGACAAAGGAGGAAAAGUUCUCAUACCAGUAUUUGCUUUGGGAAGAGCACAGGAACUGUGUAUUUUACUUGAGACAUACUGGGAACGAAUGAAUCUUAAAGCUCCAAUUUAUUUUUCAACUGGGCUCACUGAAAAGGCCAAUCACUACUACAAGCUGUUUAUCACCUGGACAAACCAAAAAAUCAAAAACACUUUUAUCAAGAGAAACAUGUUUGAGUUUGAGCACAUUAAGCCAUUUGAUCGUUCAUAUAUUGAUCAACCUGGACCUAUGGUUGUUUUUGCUACACCUGGAAUGUUACAUGCAGGACUUUCUCUGCAGAUUUUCAAAAAAUGGGCCUCAAAUGACAACAACAUGGUUGUUAUACCAGGAUAUUGUGUGGCUGGUACCGUUGGUCAUAAAGUACUGGCUGGACAGAAAAAGAUUGAGUUGGACAAAAAAAAUGUGAUAGAUGUCAAGCUAUCAGUGCAGUAUAUGUCUUUUAGUGCUCAUGCUGAUGCUUCUGGGAUUAUGCAGUUGAUUCRCCAGGCUGAGCCAAAGAAUGUCAUUUUGGUUCAUGGAGAAGCAGGAAAAAUGGACUUUUUACGACAGAAAAUAAUGCAAGAAUUUAACAUACAGUGUUACAAACCAGCCAAUGGAGAAACAGUCUACGUCACCACUGAACCCUGUAUAACUGUUGAUAUGGCACUUAGUCUGCUGAAGAGAAAAAUAGAUGCCAUCUCUGCUUCAGAUAUUAAAAGAGCCAAAUUAACACCUAAUAACAACCAUCUACCACUGCAAGGCGUUCUGGUCAUGAAGGACACGUCGUUUCGUUUACUGGAAUCAGAAGAAGCCAUGAAAGAGCUAGGCCUUACUCAGCAUCAACUACGRUUCACUUCUACUGUUACCAUGGAGAUAUCUGAACCUAGUAACGUGAUAUUGGAAAGGUUACAUUCUCAUCUUGAAAGGCUAUUACCCAACUAUACCAUACAAAGAAUCACCGGUGGAUGUCUGUCUAUCGACUCUGUACUUUUAAAGUUAAGCGACAGUGCAUCUUCAGAUGAUCGUGGAACAUCUYCGWCYAGUUCCUGUAGCUUACUCGUCUCCUGGUCAUUCCAGGAUGAAGAGCUUGGGAGUCACRUGCUGUCUUUACUGCGAAAUCGCAAAGACAUCUUAACUUCACAGACUCCAAUGGAAGUAAGGCCUUCAUUGACUAGAUAUUGAUGUUGUACGGGUCUUCUUUCCAAGAUAUAAUGGAUGCGGGCUGGAUGACCUCGUACUGCAUAGGAUUACGGUACAGAGUUGAAGAACAAGGGAUCAACUGCUUUUGAUCUAAACCCCAUCAUGCAUAGGUCGCGCCUCUAUUGCAUUGUCAAUGAACAGUAGACUUUCACAUCUCUUCGAGGCUUUUAUUUGCAAUAACCGUGUCGUACUGUUCUCUACAGAAUCCACUUUACACUUGACUUUAAAACUUGGUAGAUUUAUAAAAGGAUCUCCAAAUUUGUUACAUUUAGCUGAAAAUCAGGAUAGAUUUUGAUUUGUUUUGAUUGCGCCUUCUUUUCUCUAAUAUUCUUUUCCUCCGGUUUUCUUCCGUUUGCAAAACACAACGUGCAAAAUUGCAAUUCCAUCUGUGAGUUAGCCAUUCCCUGACAUAGGAUGUUUCGGGCUGUAGUAAAAUACAUUGAUUUUAUUUCCCCA